GGGCUGUCCGAGGACCACUUCUCCCGCCCUGUGGGCCUGCUCCUGGCCUCUGACGUGCAGCAGCUGCGGCAGGCCAUCGAGGAGUGCAAGCAGGCCAUCCUGGAGCUGCCCGAGCAGUCGGAGAAGCAGAAGGACGCCGUGGUCAGGCUCAUCCACCUGCGCCUGAAGCUCCAGGAGCUGAAGGACCCCAACGAGGAGGAGCCCAACAUCCGGGUGCUGCUGGAGCACCGCUUCUACAAGGAGAAGAGCAAGAGCGUCAAGCAGACCUGCGACAAGUGCAGUGCCGUCAUCUGGGGGCUCAUCCAGACCUGGUACACCUGCACAGGGUGUUACUACCGCUGCCACAGCAAGUGCCUGAACCUGGUCUCCAAGCCCUGCGUCCGCUCCAAGGUCAGCCACCAGGCCGAGUACGAGCUGAGCAUCUGCCCCGAGUCGGGCCUGGACAGCCAGGACUACCGCUGCGCCGAGUGCCGGGGCUUCGUGUGCGAGCUGUGCAGGGAGGGCGACGUGCUGUUCCCCUUCGACAGCCACACCUCGGUGUGCACGGACUGCUCCGCCGUCUUCCACAGGGACUGCUACUACGACAACUCCACCUCGUGCCCCAAGUGCGCCCGGCUGACGCUGCGCAAGCGGUCCCUGUUCCAGGAGACGCGGCCAGACCUGGACGCCUAGACCCCGGGGCCGUGGCCACGGCCAGGCUCUUCUCCCUCGGGCGGCUCGGGCCUCUCCGGGCUGCGGGGCCCAGCGGCGACGCCAGGCCUGAGGAACGCUGCGGCUGCUGCUCUGGGCACCCACUGUGGGGGCGGCACCCGCCCCCAAGGCUGCUCUGGCCGGGCGGUGGGGGUGGGAGUCCCUCGGGCUCGUCUCUCCAGGCCUUCGGCUGCCCUGCCGUCCCCGUGGCAUCCCCAGCUUCCCUGGUUUGUCCAGACCGCGUGCCAGGGAGGGGCCGGCAGCUCUUCCCCGUGGACAGGCUCCCACCCGCUCACCCUGGUGCUCCGAGCUGCAGGCGGGCCCAGCCCCAGGUGCGGGCAGCCGCGUCUCCCCAGCCGAUCUGACACUCAGGGGCCUUCUCUGGGGACAGGAGGCCAAGAGCUGCUAAUAUUUGCUCACAGGAGGCCCGGUUGGCCCCAGGUGGAGGUGGGUGGUCACACUCCGCAUCCGCAACGGGGGGCCUGGGGGGGAGCUGGGACCUUGGGGGACACGCCCCCUCUCCUGAUGAGCAGAGGGGGAGGGCAGCAGCGCAGUGGCCGACCUGCGGGGCAGCCUGAGCAUCCUCUUGCCCAGAACCAGGCGCAGGUGGGCGGUGGACGCCAGCCCCGAGCGUGUCCAGGCCGCAGAGGCCCUGCCCCACCCCCUUCCCCAGGCGUGAAGGGGUCCUCGGCCUCGUAGCAGACUGCUUGGCCCUGCCCGUCGCCUCUGCCGUGGGGUCCUGUCCAGUCUCGCCACCCAACCCCACGGGAGCCACUGUACUCGGGAACUUCCUCUUGCCACGCCCUGUCCCCACCACUGUUCUCUUCCCCUUACACAGACUCAUGUGGGCCUGAGCCCGCACAGGGCAGUGGCCAGAGGCCCCGCUGGGCCUGCAGCCCACGCCCGCUGUGACUGCACCGCUGCCCCCAUUAAACCCAAGCUCCAGGUG